AUGGCAAAAUUAUUUUUCUAACUAGGCUCCUUUAAAUCCGGGGGAUUACAGUGUCAUAGACAAGAGGAGCCUGUGUACUUCCUGUUCUGUCAGUUGAAUGGGAUACACGGAAGUCGUGAGUGGGUGGGUGUGUGUGUGUGUGUGUGUGUAUGUAAGAGCGAUAAAGAGGGGGGUUGGAAUAUGAACUGAAUGUACACAUUUGCCGGCUGAUGUAGUAAUGCUCUGAUCACAGUGGAGUGAGAAGUUACCCAAAAGAGAAGGAGAUAUAAUAGGCAGUCCCACUCCGUCACAAGGAUGGAUUCAAGCUGACGAAGAACCAGGAAGAGAGGAACUGAGUUACUGUCCUUUAUGCAAGUUGUUUACUGGCUGUGCCCCUGCCCUUCACCAUGACUCUCCUAACCCACGUGCUGGCAUGCCUCUUUGGCAUGGGCUCCUGGGUGGCCAUUAACGGGAUAUGGGUGGAGCUGCCCCUCAUUGUGCCCGAAAUCCCAGAGGGUUGGUACCUGCCCUCUUACCUCACUGUGCUCAUCCAGAUGGCCAACGUGGGGCCCCUUUUCGUCACCCUCAUGCACCGCUUCCGCCCGGGGAAGCUGGACGAGCGGCCCGUCAUCUACUCCAUAGUGGGCCUGGGUGUGGUCGCUACCUUCCUCCUGGCCUUCUUCUGGAAGCACACGGUGCCCCUAGCGGGCGCUAUGCAUAGUGUCCCCCUCCUAGUGCUCUGUUUCCUACUCUCUGUGGUGGACUGCACCUCCUCGGUCACCUUCCUGCCCUUCAUGAUGCGCCUCGGGCCCCAGUACCUCACUACGUACUUUGUAGGGGAGGGCGUUAGUGGCUUGGUGCCUGCCGUAGUGGCUCUGGUGCAGGGGGUGGGGGUGGUUCACUGUCGGAAUGCUACAGUGGCUCGCUUAGCCAAUGGGACCUUAGGGAUUAACUCCACGGUAGGGGCCAGUGGAGAGCUCCAGGCUCAAUACCAGCCCGCUAACUUCUCGGCCCAGGUCUUCUUCCUCUUCCUCAGUGCCAUGAUGGUGGUGUGUCUGGCCGCCUUCGUCUUGCUCAACCACCACCCGGCCGUGGCCAGGGAGAGGAAGCGUGAGCACUACUUCAACAGAGGCCAGGCAGAGGAGAAGAGUGACCAAGCCCUGUCCCUGUCUCACAGACCUCAAGAGGAGAAGCCCAUGAUCAGUUCUCCGGAUGGCCACCGGAGAGCCCGGCGGAGCUCCUUCGGGACGGGCUUCUACAGUGGGCCGGAGGUGACGUUCAUCUUUGUGGUUCUGGCCUGGGUCAAUGCCCUGACCAAUGCAGUGCUGCCCUCAGUGCAGUCUUACUCCUGUCUGCCCUACGGGAACCAGGCCUACCAUCUGGCGGCCACCAUGGCAGCCGUGGCCAACCCCGUGGCCUGCUUCAUCGCCAUGUUCCUGCCCUUAAGGUCGUUGGUGCUGAUUGGGCUUCUGACAAUAGUUGGGACAGGGUUUGCUACUUACAUCAUGGCCAUGGCUGCACUGAGCCCCUGUCCUCUACUGGUCCACAGCGCCUCAGGAACCGCACUCAUAGUCAUAGCCUGGGUGUUGUUUGUCCUGACCCUCUCCUAUGUGAAGGUGAUCAUUGGGGUGAUCCUUCGGGAUGAGGGCCACAGCGCCCUCGUGUGGUGUGGAGCAGUAGUACAGCUUGGCUCCAUGCUGGGCGCCCUGUCCAUGUUUCCCUUGGUCAGUGUCUAUGGACUCUUCAAAUCAGGGGACCCUUGUAACACCAUGUGCACAAAGUAGGGAUCAAGAUGUGGCUUACUGUUGAAACUCACUGUAGAAAACAAAAGUUGUUGGCACUGGAAAUGUAUAUUUCAUCAUGUGAGUUUGCCUCUUUAAACUGAUUUUGACGUAUCUAGUCUGUUGCCAAAGCAAUGAAAUAUCUCCCUAUGGUUGCGGAAGGAUCUCUUUGAAGCACAUCCUCAGAUUAGGAACUAAAUGUCACCAAACACACACACACACACACACAGACAGACACACACACACACACACACACACAUGUUUUCCGUUGAAUAAAGUUGAAAAAUAUAGGGUCUUAAUUUGAUCACCUUGUUGCAAGAUAGCUUUUUCUGCAAUGCAGGAGCUUUAAAACGUGUAGUGUAUUUGAGGUUUAAAAAAGGCUUCUGAAGUUUGCAAUUUCCACUUUGACUUUUCAGACUUCAUUUUCCCUUGCGAAAAAUCUUUCAUUCCCUACAAAAAUUCCCAUGAAUUAUAAUCCACCUAAUAAUUCACAUUUCCUGUUGCUGCAGGAUUAUUUUCCUGCUGUUGCAAAAUGUAAAGUGUGGGAGGCCAACUGUUAUUGUUACAAAGAUGAUGAUAUUUUAUUGCUAAGCUUUUUAGAAUUCUUCUUUAAAAGAAGAUGAAUGCCUUGUUUUACAUGAAGGGUAAUUAAGUAUAGUGUUAUAAAAGUGAUGAUUGGAAUAUGUUACUGGGACAAAACAGUGCCUUCAUUUUGGAGUUUCUAGCACUGCAAAUGUCAACCAAAAGGUCAUUUCUGUUUAUUCUUUACCAGUCUAUGUUUUAUGUCUUUUUUACAUGCUUUGUAUACGACCUUACUGCAGUUAUAAUGUAAUGGACUGUAAUUAUGUGUGGCUCAAGUCAAUUAAAAUCUAUACAUGUA